UGCUAUAUAAUACAGGGCAUUGGAAGUUAAACGGUUGAUCAGGCCACACAGUUUUGCAGGACUUGAUCAACAUGGAGCAGUUUGUAAUAAUAGCCUUAUUGGUGGCAUUGUGUUCUGCCACAAGCCCGCCAUUUCCUAAUAUAAUCGCUCUAGAUUGCAAUGAAACACUAUUUGAAACAGAUGUGGCAAUGAACCUCAUCAACGAACAUCGUGAUGAGGGGUUUGUGUUAAGACCAGUGCGAGUUAAGUCGGUUGUCCAGGAGUCAACGACACAACAUGGAGGCUUCAUCUACUAUAUGGAUCUGGAUGUGGUUGAAACAAAAUGCUCUGUCCUGAGUGGGAAAUCGUGGAAAGAGUGUAGCAAUCAUAACAUUUCAAUCGCUGAAGCUGUAUAUGGUCACUGUAAAGUCAUCACUUUCAUAUCCAAGCCAUCGAGAAGUCAGAGUCUCUUGAAUUAUAAUUGCACCCUUGGCACAGUUCCUUCUAGGGCAGUUGGUCAUAUUUCCCCAAGCAGCCCCUUUCUAAUGGACAAGAUCACCCCACACAUAAAAAGAAAGGCUAAUCGCGUCAUCCAGCAGUUUAAUGAAGACAGCAAUAAGACGCAUCAUUUCAAAGUGGCUGUAAUUGAAAGAGUGAGAACACAGUAUAAGUUUGGACAAUUGUAUUUCUUUGAAUUCAUCAUAAAGGAAACUGAGUGUUUGAGAACACAAGCUGAUGUAAAUCUUGAUGAUUGCGUGUUCCGUGCAGACAAGGAUGCACAUGUUGGUUUCUGCACAGGAGGUGUUUACCACACACCUGAAAGGCAAGAAAAGUAUUACGUGUCCUGUGACAUCUACAACCCAAGGGUUGAUAAAGACUAUGAUGAUCAUAGACAUCAGCUUUGUGGUCAUGGACCAGUUAGAUUAAAUAAUAAACAAGGAGAAGAAAAGAACACAGUCCCAGGCGUAGAUGCAGCAGAAGAAAUGCAAAAAGAUGCUGGGGAGUCAGGAAAAGGCAAAGAGGCACCUGGCAAUUGUGAGCAUGGGCGAUGCCCACUCCACAGGGGUCAUAAACAUCAUCGUUGCCGACAUGAUCACCAUCAUCAUUAUCCUCACCAUCAUAAUCAUUCUCACCAUCAUGAUCAUCCUCACCAUCAUGACCAUCCUCACCAUCAUCAUCAUGAUCACCACAAUCAUACCGCAUCUAAGGAUGGCAGCUCAUCUGAAGAACAUUCUAUUAAAAAACCUUUUGAAAAAAGAUCAAAAGGUUCAGUUGAGCUUUACUAUCUAUCUGCUAAGAGAGACUGUGUACCACAUCCUACCAUUGUCCACCAACCUCAAAAAUAUGAAAAGCCUGGGAAGCAUGGAAAGUUUGAUAAUAUUGAAUUUCCAAGUGAACAAUCAAAACUGAAAACAUGUCCAGGUGAACCAAUGGUAGAAUUACUACAAAUUGUUCAAGAUUGUCUUUUUAAAUAAUAUAGAGCAACAGCAUUUGUCUACUAUAUAUGUUAAAAAGAGCAACAAUAAACAUUUAUGAAACAAAAAA